AUGGAAGAAGCUCAAGACCAACCUAAAGAUGAUUUAGAUGGUGGUGAUGAUUCAGAUGCUGACUACCAAGCUAAAGAUCUGAACAGCUCUAGAGAUGAUGAAGAAACAGAACAAUCGAGGCAGUUUGUCAAGCUGAUUAGGAUGGACAUAGGAGCUAAGAAAGUAGGAUCAGGGGCUGAACAUGAGGACUUAGAAGAUGCUGACAGUGAAUAUUUGAACUCAAGUGAUGAUUAUACAUAUGGAGAGGAUAGAGAUGGUGAAACUGUGAGGUGGAAGAGCACUGAGAAUAGGUAUGACAACAAAGCUCAUGUGCCUGUAUUUGCUCUUGAUAUGACUUUCAGGUCAAGCAGGCAGAUCAAGAAAGCUCUCAUUAAGUAUGGCUUGACAACACACAGAAACGUUUUAUUUCCAAAGGUUGAGAAGAACGAGGUUAGAGCUGUAUGCUCCUGGAAAGGGUGCAAAUGGUUGAUUUAUGGUUCUAAAACCAGCAGAUUUGAAUGGUUCAAAGUAGUGACAUUUGUGGAUGACCAUUGCUGCCCACCUAGGAGGGAUAACAAGUUGCUGACUUCUAGGAGGAUUGCUGAAAGAUACAAGGAUCAGAUCAUUGACAAUCCCACUUGGAAGGUGGAACUGAUCAGGCAGGUUGUGCUGAAUGAUUUUAUAUGUGAUGUGUCUAUUGCCAAGUGCAAGAGAGCCAAAGCUUUGGUGUUACAAGAAGCUUUGGACUCUACCAAAGGAGAGUGCUCAAGGAUCUAUGAUUAUCAGGCAGAAUUACUUAGAAGCAACCUAGCACCACAUUGGUGGUGGUUCUCAAUCCAGAGAUAG